UUUCAGCCAGAAGAACACAGCGCAGGGAGGUCUGGGUGAUGUGAUGUGGAUGUAAACUAGGCUGUUGAACUGAACGUCCAUCCUCUCUAUAUGACACCAUGAACCCUGCCUCGGGCGGCGCUGCCGACUCCCGCAGCCAGCUAGACAAUAGCAACAGAAAGCAGCCGCAACAGCAACAGCGCGCUGCCUCCCCGGCUGGCGGCAAAGACAUUGGAUCUAAAGAGACACCGAAAAGCAGCACUCCGUCAAAGAGCAUCACGUCAAAGCAGUGCGGAGGAGGGAGAGGCYGCCGCGGRAGCUCCCCGGUCUCCACGGCAACCAGCAAAGACAGACUGUCUUCUUCUUCUUCUUCCAAAGGCGCGGCAAGCGUGGCAGGCGCGACCCCUGUCCAGUCCGCUGGUGCUGAAAUCCAUACGUUGACCAGGGCGGCGGCGGCGGCUGGGAGCGGCAGAGGAGCGGCAGAGGAGCGCAGUAGUCKGUCUGAAGACUCGCGUUGUACUGAUAUAUCGUGUUUGAAGGGGGAUACAACACGGGUUGUUUCUGAUCAGCCUUGUUCAUCCAAAUCUCCUAAAUUGAAGAACAAUAACCCGAGAAGAGGGGGAGGAGAAGGCGAGGCUAGCAYCACAGCUACCGGCAACAAAAAGAGCUCCGGCAAGAGCAGUGUGGGCUGCGGCCCUGGCUUCUGGAGAGAGGGAUGUUUGCAGUCUGAGCUGAUCCAGUUUCACCUGAAUAAAAGCUUAAAGAAAGGAGGAGGAGGAGGAAAGAUGAAGACGAAGACACCGUCWCCCCCGGAGCCGGUCACGGAAACGGCYGAACCAGAGGAUCUCUCCCCUGAGGCCAUCGUUAACGAGCCCGAGCCGGUACCUGAGCCCGACCAGCUAUUUCAGGAGGAGAUAGAGAAACUAGAGGAUGAAAAUGACGAGCUAAAGGUAUGUCUAUAUGUCUGCCACUGUCACGUCUGUAUGGGUUUAAAUAACAGCAUGUUUUAG